AUGUUUAUUUUUAUUUUCUUAAUCAUUAAUGUUUAAUCUUAUAGAGUCAGAUAAAUUCAAAAUGAAUCACUUGAAUUUUAGAUUCCAACUGAAGAAGAGACAUCAAUACUUUCUCUUUUUUAAGCUAAAGACUCACAACUAAUAACAAAUGAAACAUUACCAUUUUGUUAUUUGAAAGAAGUCAACCUAAUUUUUGAAACAAAAAGAUAACAUUUUGAGAAUAUAGUAACUAUGGUACAUAUAAGAGAUGGUGUUAUUCUAAUUACUUCAGAUUAUUAAUUGUACUUGUUGAAAUUCAAUUAUUAGAACUUUAAUGGGGAGUUCGCUAAAAUUUCAUGGAAGGCAGAUUUUAAAUAGCUGGGUUUAGAUUCCAUUACAGAAAUGCCUCAAUUGCUCUAUUGCAGUACUAGUAAUCUAGGAAUACUGUUUUAAACGAGAGGGGCUAUUUUGUUUAGUGUGUAAUAAAUGGAAUAGAAGGCAUAAAAAGUAUAGUUUAGAGAUUUAACAGAAAUAAAAUAUAGGAAGGAAAGAGGAGUUACAAAAGAAUAUGAUAAUUACAUCUUUUCAUGUGUUGGACAGGAUGGCCUGGAUAUUUAUAAAAUUAUAGGAAAUGAAUUACAUUUUAUUGAAUCAAUAUCAAAUACCAGAUUCAAGGAUCUAGCUAUAAUUAAAAUUGAGAACAUCAUUUAUCUUAUACUUUUAGAUUAAAAACAAUCAAGUAUUUCUGUUUAUUAAAUGGAUAUGAUCAAAAUUAAGAUUUCACACAAAUUAGAAUAUAAAUUUGAAGAAAUCAAAUUAGAAUUUAUUGCAAUUGAUAAUCAUAAAAAUAAUAUUUUCGUUGUUUAUGAAUAGCAUCAUAAAUAUAUUUGUAUAGAAUAUUUAUUUACAGAAAAAGAAUUAGUAGAACUAAAUUCAUAUGAAACAUUUAGUAAAAUCAAAGAUGUUGAUGUUACAGAGGAAUUUGCAAUAUUAUAAGGAUAAAAUAAACAUCAUAUAAUGUUUGUCACUAAGUUUGAUGGAUUUUAAAUUAUGCAUGUUCCAUAAUAUACAUUAUUAGGUGCUAUAGAUAUAGAUUUCUUUUAUUUGACAAACAUAGAUCUCACUAUGAGUCAUUUAUAGGAUUAGAACAACUUUUCAAUGGAAAACUUCUUUUUUGGUUCUUCAAAAUCUGGAUUAUUUUUUACUAAAUUUAAAUAUCAAGAUCCUUAUAUUAUUUGUAAUCCUAAAGCCUAACAUAAAAACACAAAAUAAAAUUAUUAAAUCAUCUAGAAUGAAACUGUUGUUAUUUAAAAUAACUUACAAAAUAAUGUUAUCUUGCAGAGAUUAACAAAUAUAACUAUAUAGGUUCUAGAUGAUGAUGAAUCAUAAUAUUCAAAAAUAUUUAUGUAUUUUGUAAUUCCAAUUGGUUUAUCAAUAUUAUUAUUUGUGAUUAGUUUAUGGUUUAAUUCUAAAAAUAAAGAAAUUGAAAAAUUAGAGACAGAGAUAUCUGCAAUUAAAAUUAAGAAAUCUUCUGGACUAGCUGUUGCUGUUGAACUAAAUAAGCCUUAAAUGAUAUAGAUUAUUAAUUCUCCGAUUAUACCUAGUCCAUUCUCAAACACAGAAAGAGCAAAUAUAAAUGUAAAUUUUGCAAAAGAUAGUAGUAUAAAUGUAGACGUUUGA